CCCGCCGGCGGCCGGCCAGCGCCGGCACAGUCCGCCGGUGGCAGCGGCGGCGAGCGCGCGUUUCAGCGAGUCGAGUGUGUCGUGUCGUGCCGAGUGUCGUGUCGUGUGGAGUGCGCGUCGUGCGGUGGAUGUGAGCUGUGUGCGGGUGGGUUUUGGUUAACCAACGACACCGUUUACUAAAUCAUUCUAAUUAGAUCCAUAAACCCACCUGAAAUUAAAUUUAGUGUAUUUUGUUAAAACUUUUGACUCCUCGGUCCAGCGGUGAAACUGUUCGUCUACGUAUCAUGUCCCGAGUUCGACUUUCAGAUUGAACGGGCACAAUCUGACCCCAGUUGUGUAAAAUCGCGUACAAUAACAGUUAAUUAACGUUUGCUUGAAUGGAUUUUGCGAUAGGGCCGGAUUAAGGAGGUCUAGAGGCUCUCGUAGUGCGCGACGCCAGCGCCCACCCGUCCGCGGCCCGCGUGAUGUUCGCUGCGACCGUCGCAGCGCCGGCUCUCGUGCUCACCGCUGAGGUGUCCGGCAUCGUGCCCGGCUAGUGCGGCGCGCGACGCCUCAGACUGUCGGCCAACACAUACACGUAGGCAGCGCCCUGCGGGAUGCUCGCCGCGACCGUCGCAGCGCUUGCUCUGGCGCUCACCGGUGAGGUGUUCGGCAUCGUGCCCGGCUAGUGCGGCGCGCGACGCCUCAGACUGUCGGCCAACACAUACACGUAGGCAGCGCCCUGCGGGAUGCUCGCCGCGACCGUCGCAGCGCUUGCUCUGGCGCUCACCGGUGAGGUGUUCGGCAUCGUGCCCGGCUAGUGCGGCGCGCGACGCCUCAGACUGUCGGCCAACACAUACACGUAGGCAGCGCCCUGCGGGAUGCUCGCCGCGACCGUCGCAGCGCUUGCUCUGGCGCUCACCGAGGGCGCGGUGGGCCCGGCGCCGGCGCGGCUGGGCCCGUGGUUCGCCGAGCAGCCGCCGCCGCAGCUGCGCUACGCCGCGGCGGCCGGCGCGCGCCUGGCGUGUGGGGCGCGCGGGGAGCCGCCGCCGCGCGUGGCGUGGCUGGGCGAGGACGGCGCCGAGCUGCUCGACGAGCCCGGCGUCAGGAGGACAUACAGCAACGGCACGCUGGAGCUAUUCCCGAGCGCGCGCGACGAGCCCGGCGUGGUGCGCUGUCGCGCCGCCAGCGCGCACGGCGCCGUCGUGUCGCGCGACGUGCUGCUGGAGCCAGUGCCGGACGCGCCGUGGGUGGUGUCGCUGUCGGACGCGACGGUCGCGGCGGGCGGCGUGGCGGCGCUGUGGUGUCGCAGCGAGCCCGCCGCGCUCGCCGCGCCCGCGCUCUUCUACCGCGGCGAGGAGGUGCUGCAGGUGGACGCGCCCUCUCCCGGUGACUACACUCUCAGUUUACUUACGAGUAGUCAGUUCUGUCGAACAAGGAACAUGGUGUUACGGAAAACCCUAUCACUACAGAUUAAGGUCCAUAAUCACUCGCUCCUAUCGAGUUGUCUACAACUUGUGUUGUUUACAUCGCGUUAUCUUUUGUUAUUAUUUUUUUUUGUCGAAUUUCAUGGAAUAAACGACACGCGUUUAGGCGUUCCUUGGUGUAGAAUCAUUGUAACGGGUAUAAAUACGCGACCGACGCGAUGCUCGUGGCAGUGA